GAGAUUACUAAUAUGUGGCUUGAACGCAGACUGUCAUGUGACGUCGUCGUCCGCCGAGCGUGGCUUGCGUGCCAGUGGCUUUUGCUGCGGCCUACAACGCAACGUGCGCCUGUUUGACGUCGCGCCCCAGCUUAGCCAGACAAGCCAGCUCCGAAUUGAAGCUCGAAGCAGCUGCCCUCUCCAACAUCCCAUCCCUACGCAGCCCGCCAUAAACCAACGCGGUCCUUUCGAAGCGUUCGCCCGACAUGAGCCUCAUUACCUACGGCGCCGGUGGCCUCGGCUCCUUCCUCCUCAUAGUGGGACUCUACAUGCUCUUCACCGGCAGUGGCGAAGCAUUCAACGUUGGCGCAUUCAUUGAGUCGGUCUCGCCUUAUGCCUGGGCGUCGACAGGUGUCGCCCUUGCCAUUGCCCUGUCCGUCGUAGGCGCCGCAUGGGGCAUCUUCAUUACCGGCUCCUCGAUCCUCGGUGGUGGUGUCAAGGCUCCCCGCAUCCGAACAAAGAACUUGAUCUCUAUCAUCUUCUGCGAAGUCGUCGCCAUCUACGGUGUCAUCAUGGCUAUCGUCUUCUCCGCCAAGAUCGACUCCGUUUCUGGGCCAGAGCUUUAUUCCGCCGACUCAUACUACACCGGCUUUGCGCUCUUCUGGGCUGGUAUCACCGUUGGCAUGUGCAACUUGGUCUGCGGUGUGGCCGUGGGUAUCAAUGGAUCCGGCGCGGCGCUGGCGGAUGCUGCCGAUCCUUCACUAUUUGUGCGCAUUCUGGUCAUUGAGAUUUUCAGCUCCGUCCUGGGUCUGUUCGGCCUGAUUGUCGGGUUGCUCGUUUCCAGCAAAGCCCCCGAAUUUGGAAAGAGCGAAUAAAUGUCGAUAUGUGUCUCUAGGGGACCAGAGACGAGGACACCAACCUACGCAAACCACGGAGCGCCCUGAUUUGCGAGCCAGACAAGGGCACACCGUUAUCAUCUGCAUCGCGCCAAAGAGAAAUUACUACAUUUGGGCCGGCGUUUGGAAGAUCUGACUAGGGAGAAAGACUCCUUUUUCAUGAGCUGUACCAUUAGUAGUUCUUGAAAGUCGGAACUGCCGAUUUUGUACAUCAGGGUGGAAUUUUACCGCAGCUGAAUAUAUAAGUACUGGAGUAUGGCAUCGAAAUUAUA